UGUUGCCAGGCAGCCAGCUAGUAUCAAACAAAUCCAGCUUUGAGUCUCAAGGGUCCGUCGCCUCUCUGAAGUCCUUCAUCAUGUCUGGGUUUAUUUAUCCCCCUGAAAGUGUCUACAAUCUUUUACCCAGGGAAGAGGUUGUGACUCAGAAACCUCCCAGGUAUAUGUCCAAGUUUAGGUCGACUGUCAUUCUUGAAAACAAAUCUACCAAAGAUACCACAAGGACGAUGGGACCAGCAAAAGCAGAAGUGCCGUCCCCGGACAAAUACCUCAAGAAGCAUUCAAAAGAGUCCAAACAACCUGAAAAAGCACGGUCUUUUAAAGAGGCUCAUUCCUGCACUGCAAGGAAACCACCUGUUCCUGCGAGGACGGAUCAGCCACUUAUGGGCCUUCAGACCAAGAGAGACUUCAUAAAGACAGCCACAGCUGUCCCAAUGAGGCCCAGGCCUACCUGUGUAGACACCAGCAAGGGACACAAGCAGCCCCUUGAGAAUUCAGGGCUCCUUCCUAAGUACAUCAAGAAAAAGGAUUAUGGAGAGGUACCUGAGUACCUGCAGCAUCGUAAUGAAGACGAGAAGAGGGCUCAGGAGGAGUUAAGAAACUUUGUGAAAGAACAGAGGGAGCAGGGAGCCAUGAAGCAGCUGUCUGAGGAAGAGCGACUGAACAUCCUCGAGGGCUUGAGGAAGAACUUGAAUGUGCUGCAUCACGACUACCAGUGCCUCUCGCUCGUCAUUGAAACCAUGACGAAGAAAGCGCAUAAGGAGCGCCUGGAAGCAAAGAUGAAGCAGCUGGAGAAUGACAUCAGCCUCGUCGAGAGGUUCAAGACCAUCUACAUACCCAAGAAAUAGGAUGUUAAAUAAAUCUGUUUUUAAGCAAAA